AUGGGGCUUUCAGUCCAGCUGACAGCAGUCAUCUUCAUCUUGGUGUUGGUAUCUACACACCAGCCCAUUGAAGGUGCUGGCCACGAUCCCUUGCUUGUUGUGGAUGAUUACGAGGAUGAUGGUAUUCGACUCAAAUGUUUCUCUGAAAGGUUGUUUUCUCAAGUUCAGAUGUUGUGGACAGACAGUAGAGGAGAUAAUAUCACUGGAACUCCUCUCACUACUGGUACCAGCACUGCUAAUGUCAGCAGCUCCAUCAUUUUGAAACCAGGAUCUGGAAACUCUGUGUCCUGCAAAAUAAUAGAUAAACUGCUGAAAACAUCAACAGAAUCUUCAGUUGUCAUUGCAGAUGUCUUCUUUCCUGCCACCUCCCCUUGGCUGGCAGCUUUUGUUGUGAUCCUACUCCUGAGUGUAUUCCUCGUUAUUGCUGCAUUUUAUAAACUCAGAGUGAACAAUAAGGCUACAACUCGUGCAUUAAAUGCACAAAAGGACAUUCAACAAGAUAUAAAUGUUCUCAAUCAUCAACUGGAUGAGGAGCAGAAGAAUUUUCAGAAGGAAACUGAUGAUGCAGUGGACAAAAUUGAGAAAACACGGAAUGAACUGGAGUUCUGGAAAGCUCGUAGCAAUGCAGUUAAUAUCACUCUGGAUCAGAAAUACAAGCACCCCAGCCUCUGCAUUAAUGAGGAGAAAAAUAGGGUGAAGUCCUCCAUCCAGAAGGAGAAUGCCCUCAAAAUGAUGGUGGCAGCUACUGAGGGUUUUUCAGAAAAUGAACAUUACUGGGAAGUGGAGGUGGGAGACCAAUCAGAGUGGGAGCUGGGAGUGGUGAGUGAGGAGAUUAGGAAUGCACUUAUGAGCAGCACAGUGAAUUCUCUCCCAGGGGAGAACUUACUUAGUCUACAGUUUUCUCAGGGGAAAUACAUCUUAACUGAUGAGGAGGAUGUAAGAAAUUGCAAGCAGUGCAGUGUGGUGGGUGUUUUCCUGGACCAAAAACGUAAAAAACUUUCAUUCUAUGAUGUUGAAGAAAAGAGCUCUCUUGGAUCCAUCUAUUACAACUUAUCUGGGAAGCUGUACCCAUUCUUCAGUCCAGGCUUUGACGGCAAAUGGUUGGGAAUACGUCCUGUAAAGACUUUAAACCUAUUACCUUCUCUUUGAUGCUCUUCCACAGGGCCAGGAGAUUAAUAAAUUAAUAAUGUGGUGAGUAAGAGAGGAUGAAAAAGAAUAAAGGAAGAAAAAAAUAAUUUUCAGCUUUUAAAAACCUGGCCAAGAAAUAAAUAGUCCUUGAAGUACUUCCUAGUGAGACAUCUUGCAGUAAGAAUGAAUUUUGUAAAAACCCAAGCCUAUCAAAUG